CAACACUGAGCACCGAGCACCGAGCACCGAAACCUCAGCCUUAGCUACCCGUACGCUACUCUAACCAAGCACCUUUGUACCCAGCAGUGGUGGAGUUCAUCCGGCUGUUUUCCGGGGGAUGCAUGCGGCGCUUGCAUGCCAGUCUGCCUGCCUGCCUGCUAGUGUUCCUGCCAGCCAGCCUGCAUGUGCGAGGCGAGCGGGAAACGCCCAGCAGGCUGUACCUACUACCUACUGGUACUGCGGUGGUACCGCGGUGGUACUACGGCGGCGGUAGUGGUGGUGGUAGUGUUCCGCUGCCUUCUAGCGCCCCGGCGGAGGUCAUGCAGCUAUGCACCGUCACGGACAGGCACGGACAGGCACGGGAAAACACCAUCGGUAUGGCAUCACCAUGUGCCCCGCCGACAGAGGCCCAGAGGUCGGAUGAAUAUAGUACUCGAGAGUACCCUCCCCUCACAGAGUCACGGCGGAGCCGGAUGUUUAAGGACGUCGACCCCGGCUGUGGCGUCGCUGAGGGAUUUGUGGAUCCGUGA